UGCUCAGUCCCUAAAUGAAAAGAAGAAAUUUAGGACUGGAGUUAGGAAUGGAGUGAAGGGAAGAAGAAAGAAAAAGGUUAUACUAGACAUAAAAAAAAAAAAAAAAAAGAGGAAGUUUGCAGAGCACAGGGGCCUUGUCAUGUCUCUCCUGUGAUGACAUCAGCUUCCUUUUCUAUGUUAAUAAGGACUUUAGGCAAAGCUGGAAGCUUCUGGAAAAGCCUUGGGAACUGGUCUGGUGGGCCUGCUGUGAUUCAGUCUGUGAUUGUCCCUGGUCUUCCAGCAGCCCCAAGCUCAGCCUCCUGGACUGUUUCCUCCAAUGGCUGCAGCUCAGGAGCGUGUGAACUCCUGGAGUUUGGGCAAGUCACUUAAUCUCUGUCAUCUAUAAAAAUGGGAGCAGUACUCCCCCUACCUCCUAAAGUAGCUACAGAGGCUGGUGGAUUUCCAUCUGCCUUGGUUUACCCUCAGGAUGAACUGUUGGGGUAGUGACAGCCCAAGCUGCUGAUCUCCCCUGGUUGUGAUCCCCUUUGGAAUUGUUCAUGUCAUCAUCUUCCUUCCAUCCUUCACAUACCUCCACCUGAAGCCUGUAAAUAGACCAGGGAUUUGGCGCACAGGGGAGAACCGAGCUCCCUCCUCAACCCUGCUGUUUACAAAGGCGAUGAGUCAGAUGAAACAGCAAAAGGACAAGUUGGCCCAAGUCCAGAUGUCUAUAGUGCACAUCUACAUUCACAAAAAGGCACAGAGAAGUGUACAUAGGUCACAGGCAGUGUCAUCAGUCGGCAGUAACACCCUCCCAAUGGGGCUUCCUGUGUCCACCCUAAAUCUGCUGCCAUUCAUGCCCUUCACGGGGAGGGACCGGAAUUGCCUUUUCCAACUUGCAAAUCUGAUGAUGUUACAGUCCCCCUCUCUCCCACCCCCACUUAGAAGCUUCCAUUUUUCCCACUACUCCCGGCAGGCCUUGGAGGGCCUGCAGGGCUGAUCUCUGCCUGACCCCCACACUUGCUGCAGCCACAUUGGGCCCUCAGUUCUUCAUAGCAGGCUGUGUGCCUCCUUUCCAAAUGCUGUUGGCUGGAAUAUGUGGCCUAACCCCAUCGUCUCCGAGAUGAACAGGGAGAAUGUUACCAUUAACUUCUGCCACCAGGAAGGCUUCCUUUGGAGGGAGGUUGUUCCACUGCAGGAGGGAAAGGAUAAGCAUAGGUAAGGUGAAACAGAGGAGUGACGUGCUUUGGGGAGGAGGAGGGAAGGUCUCACAGGGAUGUUCUGGCCAAAAGACCUUGCAAACAAAACUCCAUGCAAGAUCCCAGGAUUAAGAAGGUAUUUUCAAAAGGUUCCAGGAACCCAGAAUAGUACAUAGAAGAAUUUUUCUCUUAAUAAUCCCAUCAAGACUACCAGAUCUUGACCGUUAGCCAUCCUUUUUCUUUGCCUUAAGACUUAGCUUACCAAUUGCUUAUUUGGAUAGAGCAUAGGCUUUUGUUUUGUUCGAGGUCUUGCAACAUAGCCCAGGCAGGCCUCAGACUCUCAAUCCUCCUGCCUCAGCUGGGAUCAUCACAUCUGGCAAGAUUAAUAUUACCUAUUCCUUUUUAUCUUUUAUUUUUGUUUUUGGCAGUGCUGGGGACGGAACCCAGGGCCUUGCACAUGCUAGGGAAGUAUUCUGCCACUGAGCUACAUCCCCAGCCUUUGACUAGAGUCUAGUCUCUCCCUCAUCCAGCCCUUCUCACUGCCAUCACCAUCAAUCUGGACUUUCAGGUUUCUUUUUGCUAGGUCUGGUGCAAAGCCCUGCUACUGGGCUCCCACAUUUCAAGCAUCCCUCCCGGUCCCAUCCGCAUCCAUCCUGCUUGGGUCUGAGCUUCACCACUACCCCCGCCUCCCUGCCCCCAAGUUGUCCUCAGCACAUACCUACUAGCUAGCAAAUAAAAUUCAAACUCCUUGAUUUAAUUUCAAAGCUGCCCUCUGCCUAUGUUUUGCUUUUGAAGGACCCAGAGGCUUUUAUUUCUUUGGUACAGGGCUCCCUCACCCUCUGCCUGUCUUUGGUGGCCCAUCUGCCACCAGCCUAGGGAGAUAUUCGCCCUGUUCUUGCAUGCAGGAUGACCUUCCCACCUAUGGCUGUCUGCUCUGCUUUCUCCACCUACUCAGAUCUCACCCAUUCUUCAAGGCUCAUCUCAGAUGCACAUCUGCCAUCAAGUCUCCAAUCCGCACACCUCUGUCUCCCAUGAUUCUAGCUCACCCUCCCAUUGCAUUGUACCCUCAUGAUGGGGAUUCCGUUAAUAUUUCUUUAUAUCUGCUCAUCAUUGAGCAUUUAUUAGGUGGGUAUUCGGGGCAUACUAUGUAAUUUAUCCAUGCUUUUGUUUUUUUAAUCUAAAACAGUGGUAAUACUGACUCCUAACUGAAAGGGCUGUUGUAUUAAGUUCAUAUAAGGAAAGAAUGAGAAUCUUGCCUCACACACAGAUUGAUUGGUAAUUACUCCUGCGAGGAUUUACGGUGAUAAUCUCAAAUAGCCCUGUGGCCCUUGAGCUAAAUCUCUUAGAUUCUUUUAAAAAUUGUAGUAGCUGGGUAUGGCGGUGCAUGGAUGUAGUCCCAGCUAUGCAGGAGGCUGAGGCAGAAGGAUCAUUUGGUCCCAGGAGCAACAUAGCAAGACCCCAUCUCAAAAAAUAAAAUUGUAGUAAAAUAGACACAAUAAACCGUCUUAACCAUUUUAAGUGUACAGUUCAGAAGACUUAAGUACCUCUACAUUACUGUGCAACCAAUCUCCCAAAAGCUUUCAAACUUGCAAAACUGAACCUCUAUUAAGCAGUUCCUAGUUUCCCCUUCCCCCCACUCCCAGCAACCACUGUUCUACUUUAUGCCUGUAUGAGUUGGUAUAUAUAGUUUUUACAGACUGAGGAACCCAGGGUUCAGAGAGUGAUACAUUCCUGGGAAGACAGAGGCUGGAUUUUAACUAAGGUCCCAGUCUUGCUCUGAGCCACUUUGAAAUAUGGCUUCACUUCACAGAGCAUCUGUGACAUGUUUUACCUCCCCUAUAAUAACAAUGGCCACCAUGUGCCAAGGCCUUCCUCUGUGUCACUGCCACUUUUAAUCCUCACAACAUCUCUACAGUCAGGGUGAGGGGUGGUGACUGAUUUCCCAGCUUAGUGUUUGCUGUAUGGUAGGGCUCAAUAAUAUGGACCCAUAUGAUGUCUUUAAAUAGGUUAGCCAAUACUAAGUAAGUUUGUGGUACAUUUUUAAUGUGACUGUCUACAAUUUUUGAACAUAUUCUCUUUGGAGAAAAUCAGCAGAGUAGCAUGAGGUAAGCCUUCCCAGUCCUCUGUCCUCUGCCCUCCUCCUGCAGAGCCCAUCUGCUGUGCUCACCCCAGGCCAGCCCUCGGGCCACCUUGCAUCUGAGUCUCAUGUCAGCUUUACUCAUCCACUGCCAAAGGCAGAGACACACAGGCAGGCAAGCCAGGGAUGUGAGACACUGUCCCUGCUUUGCUCCCUCCUCAUGCCGCCUCCCAGCAUCCUCUUCCCUCCAGACACAACCAAUCCUGGCCAUCUUGGAACAAGCUCUGUCCUUUCAUGCCUCUGUGCCUUCGCACAUGCUGUUCUUGGACACUGGAAUGCUUUGUUUCCCACCUUCUCCACUUCCAAAACACCUCCAGGCUUUGCAAGUCUGCUCAGAUGUCACCUCCUCUGGGAAGCCACCUCCUUCCCCCCAGCUAGGAGUCCGCUCCCUCCUGGGUACAAACUAGCUCACCCUCCACUUGGCACUGCAAGUCAGUGUGUCCCCCAUGACCUCAACUCAUCACAGCUCCUGGAAGGGUCAAGGGAAGCCCAGGUCACUUCAUUUGAAACUGGAAGAUGACAAAGCAGGAUUACAAAUGUGGAGGCAUAUUUUUUAAUGUUUAGCAAAUGAAUGCUUCGCAGACCAAAAAGUUACAACCCAAUUGGACUGCUCCCAAGAUAGUGAUAAGAUUUAUGAAAAUACAAUAAUCUACAGUGCUCCACAGGCGUAGUGGUCUGGCCGUAGGGCACAAGUUUAAGGAUAUAUGAGACUCUUAGAUCAAAUUGUCUGGUGGAUCUGACAUAAUGUAGAUAAAGUCAGAAGCCUGAAUUAGACAUCCUGGCAAAUGGCUUUCCUGACCCCUUUCCCCACUGACAGACUAUACAGCUGCCUCUGCACACAGUAGGUGCUCAUCAUUUGCUGAUAGGGCUUUCUGAGUUGUUAUUACAAAACUACAUACAGUAAGUGUUCUUGAGAAAUGCUGAAGCCCUGAACAAUGGGGCAGGAAGCCACCACCUCCCCCAGUGACCCCAACCCUAGGAGUCCAGCUGACAGCUGGACAGGAAGCCCUUUAGCCACUGUCUUUCCUCCCCUUCUCCCCACUCCACCAGGGAUCCCAAGUGCAGUCAGCUUUUCAUGGCUCAUGGCCUCUCUUCUCCACCCUCCCGAGGACCCCAGGUGAAGAGAGAAGAAAGCACACUUACUCACAAGGAGGCCAGCAGCCAAGCUGGCUCCAGUCAUCCUGCCCUGUGGUGGGAUGAGGAGUGAAAGGUGCCUGGAGCAGACAAACAAGAACUUAAAGCACUGGAGCAAGGGGGAAGAUCUAAGAAAAGUUUUCAAAGUAAUCUGCUAGGAAAAGCUUGAAAAAGGAGCCCCUGGGCUGAGGGAAUGGGCCCUUGUCUCACCUUAGGCCCAGUCAGAAAACUGCAACUACUCGGCCAGUCUUCACCAACCCCCCUCCUCCUUGCUUCUUGGUUUGGUUAUUGUCCUCUGACCCAGAGGUUUCCCUGGGUAUGAGGCCUCAACUUGCUGCUCUCUGGUGGCAGCUGGCAGCCCCAAAUACCUCUGCUCUACUGGGCUCAACACAGUGUUCACUUGAACCCACCAAACUGGCUGAACUUCCAGUUCUGUCUCCAGCAGAAAUACAAUGUGAGGGGAAGGUCAACACCAGAUCCUUGUAGUGACUGAGCCACUCUGAUCUCCAGGGCCAUUGAAUAUACUCAUGGGCCUUUCUGAAGUGUCCCCUGCUUCCAAAGGCAAGACUCAACAACUGUCACUUGAGUACUUACUCUCCAUGGAGUGCUUGAAGUCUCACAUAGUCCUAACAUCCUGAGGCUACAGCGAGCUGGGAGCUCUUCCCCACGCAGAAUGCUUGCUCUGCCUGGGACUUCCAUUGUCUAACUCUCCCAGCCUGGCUGGGGAAGGCGAAGGCUGUAAGUCCUGCCAUUCCUGCUGAAUGCAGCUUAGCGGCUGUGGCCUCCGGGAUCUGUCCACGAGCCUGUGGUUUCUCCGAACUGCCGGCAAGUCUGAGGUCUCUGGAAUCUGAGUGUCUGGGAUCAGCCUACGAUCUCGGUUUUGCCUGCAAGCCCACUGAGUCGAGAUUGCCCUGCGGGUCUGAGAUCCCCGGGAUGUACUGGUGAUCUCUACCAUCUUUCGGAACGCCAGCGGUCUGACAGUUCUAUCUGCUGCUUCGCGGUCUGAGAUCGCUGGGAUCUUAGAGGCGGUGAUCUAGAUAUUUUUUGCAGGCCAGGAGCGCUGUCUUCUAGCUGCUUCUCCUGCUCUCACCUGGGAGGCGAAGCCUUGCGCCCGAGAUGGCAGCCACCCUGCUCAUGGCUGGGUCCCAGGCACCUGUGACAUUUGAAGAUAUGGCCAUGUACCUCACCCGGGAAGAAUGGAGACCUCUGGAUCCUACACAAAGGGACCUUUACAGGGAUGUUAUGCAGGAGAAUUAUGGAAAUGUUGUCUCACUGGAUUUUGAGAUAAGGAGUGAGAAUGAAGUGAAUCCAAAGCAAGAGAUUAGUGAAGACGUAGAAUUUGGGACCACAUCUGAAAGACCUGUUGGGAAUGGUGAGGAAAAUCCUGAAGGUGAAGAAGCCUUUGAAAGUGGGGACAGGUCAGAAAGACAGUGGGGAGAUUUGACAGCAGAAGAGUGGGUAAGCUAUCCUCUCCAACAAGUGACUGAUCUGCUCGUCCACAAAGAAGUUCACACAGGUAUCCGAUAUCACAUAUGUUCUCAUUGUGGGAAGGCCUUCAGUCAGAUCUCAGACCUUAAUCGACACCAGAAAACCCACACAGGAGACAGACCCUAUAAGUGUUAUGAAUGUGGAAAGGGCUUCAGUCGUAGCUCCCACCUAAUUCAGCAUCAGAGAACACACACUGGGGAGAGGCCAUAUGACUGCAAUGAGUGUGGGAAAAGUUUUGGAAGGAGCUCUCACCUCAUUCAGCAUCAGACAAUCCACACUGGUGAGAAGCCUCACAAAUGUAACGAAUGUGGGAAAAGUUUCUGCCGGCUGUCUCACCUCAUCCAGCACCAAAGGACUCACAGCGGGGAGAAACCAUAUGAGUGUGAGGAGUGUGGGAAAAGCUUCAGCCGGAGCUCUCACCUGGCCCAGCACCAGAGGACCCACACAGGUGAGAAGCCAUAUGAGUGUAAUGAGUGUGGACGAGGCUUCAGUGAGAGAUCUGAUCUCAUCAAACACUAUCGAGUUCACACAGGUGAGAGGCCCUACAAGUGUGAUGAGUGUGGAAAGAAUUUCAGUCAGAACUCUGACCUUGUCAGGCACCGCAGGGCCCACACAGGGGAAAAGCCAUAUCACUGUAAUGAAUGUGGGGAGAACUUUAGCCGCAUCUCACACUUGGUUCAGCACCAGAGGACCCACACUGGAGAGAAGCCAUAUGAAUGCAAUGCUUGUGGGAAAAGCUUCAGCCGGAGCUCUCAUCUCAUCACACACCAGAAAAUUCACACUGGGGAGAAGCCCUACGAGUGUAACGAGUGUUGGCGAAGCUUUGGUGAAAGGUCAGAUCUAAUUAAGCACCAGAGAACCCAUACAGGAGAGAAGCCGUACGAGUGUGUGCAGUGUGGGAAAGGAUUUACCCAGAGCUCCAACCUCAUCACACAUCAAAGAGUUCACACAGGAGAGAAGCCUUAUGAAUGUACCGAGUGUGAGAAGAGUUUCAGCCGGAGCUCAGCUCUUAUUAAACACAAGAGAGUUCAUACUGACUAAGUUCUGUAUUAGUACUGAGAAAUGAUUCCUUUGAAGAUACAGCUGUGUUUGGUAUUAGCGAACUCCCUUAAGGCAGAACUUCUUUUACCUAUUGACUUUCCUAGUUGUGGGCCACAAUUUAAAACAUGAAAGAAGACAGCCCCUUUGAAAUUCUGACCUCCAGCUUUAGGAACAUUAUCCUCUCUUCUAAAAUAGUGAUUUUUACUCACUCAAUAUAAUGGGUUACUUUAUCAAAAUCAGCUCCUCAAAUAGCUAGAAACCUGAAGACCAGAUGCCAAAUGCUGGUGAAUGCCUGGAGAUGGAGUAAAUCUUUAAAAGGUUUUUUCUUCCAUCUUUGGCCCAAAAAACUCUGUUAAGGAGAAAUGUGGGGCUGUAAUAGGGUGGUCACAGCUGCUUUGGCAAAAGGCAAGCAGACUUGGCCUGGAUUGCCACACCUAUUCAAACACUAGUCAUGGGGCACACACAUUUCCCCUCUAAAGGGCUUUUUCAUGAGUUGCUCACACAUUUGUAUCUUUCUGUCUUCUUUAGAGCAGGAUUCUGCAUGAUGAAGGCAAUGAUCAUAACUUUUCUCCUUACUGUUUCUAAUUAACUUGUGUAAAGCUUGCAUCUUUGUGAAAGCUAACUGAAGAUACAGGGUGAAAGGAAAAAUGAGACACAGGCUUGAGGACCAAGUACCUAUUGAUGGUGGUGACUUUAACAAAAGAUGCCCACUUUUGAUAUUGCCACUAAUCAGGUUUAUGAAUUUUCUUUGAGAAUCCCCGUAGGAAACAUUGCAGGGACAAUAUCUUCAAGGAAAGAUAGGACCCUAAAUGAUGGUGGACUGAAAGAAGCAGGAAGGGAGCACAGAGUCCCUUCCCAAGGAAAGUAGGUCAUUUCUGUGUUCUCUCCCUUCGAACCUCUAAGAUCAGUUCUCCCUGUACUGCUGAAUCUAGGAUUUGAUAGGGCCACAUCCCAGUGUUUAUCUUAGCUUAUAUAAGGGCAUGUGUAUGUACAGUGAAAUGUGUGUUUCUUUGUUUUUUUUAAUAGCAGAAACUGAAUUCACAAGAAUUAGCAUGUUCUUGGGUGGUGUGGAUCACGUGACAGAACUACAGAUAUAACUCCAAGUGAGAAAUAUCCUUUUUUUUUCAUUUAUUAUGGAAAAACUAUUUAAACACUAGUGCUUGAGUGUGCACUCUCCUGUAAGGCUUGUCUUUGUACAGAAUUUAGCACUUGUUUGUAUGUGUCCAUCAACUGUGAGAGAGAAUAAGCGGAUUGUCCUGUUCUCACGUGGAAUGAUUUCUGGAAUGAUUUCAACUAUGGCAGUGAAGAACUCUGUUCUAAUCAGAAGGAAUUAACAAACCUAGGUAGGAAUGUACUUCCAUCCUCCCAGGCUACACAUCAAAGUGGUAAAAGUAAGAGCUGAACCAAUUUAGCCCAGUGGUAUUGGUUCUCCUGAUCUCAGCCCAAGAAAGAAUUAAGAAAUAUCCCAAAUGUUGAUUUUUAUCCAAGCCUGUGGGCAUGAGAGAAAAUUGGUGCCCUGGAGCUGGGACUGGAGUAAGGAAUAUAUCGUCUUUUGGAAGUGCCCCAGUGUAUUUCAACUGUGUUUUCUUGUGAAUGUUGUAACUUUUAAAAAUGUUUUUGCCAUAGCUCUUUGUGAUUUAGUGUUCAAGGAGCAGUGGUUUCAUUAUAGUGAGUUAUUGUGACCCACAGCUGAGUGGGACUGCAUCACUUGCAAAUGACACAACCUCAACAGAAUGAGAAACCACUCCAAGGGGGUUUCUUUCCAUUGCCACCCUAUUUACAAACUUGGGGCAGGAAGUAUGUUUUUUUGUUCUAUACAAAAUCUAGGGUAUUCAUAUUUUAAUUGUUGGGCGACUUACAUGUUCUUGGUAGCUAAACUCAAAUAUGUCUUCUCCUAUAUCAGUGUUGCUGACAGUUUUAAUGAAUUUCAAUGUUCCGUUGCUUCUUUGAGCCACUAUAAGUGACAGCUUGUAGUGGCCAUGGAAGACAGCAUCUCUGUGACCUGUUUUUCACCCUGUUUUUCUCCCCUGCUCUUCCUUUGAAGGCAUGCUGGUGUUUCUGUUGCUGCUUUUAGCUUCUUAGAGAUCAAGGGCUCAACAAGGGGCUCCGAGUGCCUGCUGUCUCUCCAUACAUGUACACUCCAGCUGGGAAGUUAAAAGGCAAGGGGCACACCAGCUCUGUCUCCUCUCUUUCUGCUAGCGACUGCUCAUUUGCUGUGCUGAACUCUGUGUAGAAGUCACACAUCAGACACUGUUCACUAAUGCUUUUUGCAUGCCUUCUGCUCUCAAGUCCCCAGCUGCUUCUGCACACGUCCAGCACUCUGUGCUUGUUUCCUAUGGUUGUGGAGAGUGGAUGAACAAGUAAGUCUCUAGAGCAGUUUUCCGUAUGAUGUUGGUCAGUUAUCCUAGUAUCUGUCUACAUCUGUAUUAUCCUAACUAUAUUCUAUAAUUAAAGAUAUAAUUUUAAAAUCAAUAUAGCUGAGAAUUAUUUUAGUAAUCCAGCACUGGUUCAUAUAGGGCUUUCUGUCAGAUGUGGGCACAAUCAUCUUUAUAUUGAUGCUCUUUGUACAGAUGUACAGAUAUUUUGCAGAUGUUCUUGUGGGAAUUGGGAAGUACAGAGUCUUGAGCCCUCUGGAGAUUGCCAUUAUCUUGUGAAAGUGCAAAAAACUGAGCAGUUUCCUAGGAAGGUUAUGCUAGUGGCAAAAGUAACAUGGAAAUAUUUGGUGUGGGUGACUCAGUAGUUUUGGAGGUAAAAGAAAAUAAAACAUCCGAAAGGAAAAAUGCGAGGUCCUUAUUGCUUUAAGGAGAUAUUUUUGGGUAUCCAUUAAGAAUACUAAAACAGGGCUGGUAAAGCGGCUCAAGUGGUAGAGUGCCUGCCUAGCAAGCAUGAGGCCCUGAGUUCAAACUCAAGUACCACCAAAAAAAAAAAAAAGAAUAUUUAAACAAUUUCUACUGAGCUAGGGUAGGGCUCUCAAAACUAAGAUGGCCCCUAGAAAUAGCUGAAGGCUCUGGACUCAUGGCAGAGAAGCACAGUCUGUCUAAGGCAGUGAUUAUGUGCAGCCAGGGUGUGGGCACAACUUUCAAAUUACUUGCAAGUAAUUUUCUCUUAGGAAAUCUUUUUUUUUUUUUUUAAUGAAGGAACAACCCAGGCAGUGGUAGGGGGUAAAAGUGCUAUAUAUCUAUGUAUUGGGAAAAGUAAAAAUAUGAAAGAAAAAAGUAACCCUACAGCAAAGACUUAGAAAAGAGAUUUUUAUCAAAAAAAAAUUAAAACUGUAUUUUUAUGCUGGGUGUGGCCACGUGAGCCUGUAGUCUCAGCUACUUGGGAGGUUGCAGCUGGUGAAUCACUUGAACCCAAGAGUUCAAGGCCAGCCUAGGCAACACAGCAAUACCGUCUCUAUUUUUUUUUUUUAAGGAGGGGGCUGGGAGUGGUGCCCAGUGGUAGAGUGUACUAACUUAGCAUACGUGAGGCCCUGAGUUCAGUCCUCAGCACUAAAACAAUUUAUACAUGUUCAGCAUAUCUGAUGGCUAGGAAGGAAAAUGCUAAUUUACCUCAAGAGCUUCCUCUUGCUGGGCAUGGUGGCCUAGGUCUAUUAUCCCAGCUACUUGGGUGGGAGGCAGAGAUCAGAAGAUCAAGGUUCAAGGCCAUCCCUGGCAAAAAGUUUGUACAACUUCAUCUCAACCAAUGGUUGGGUGAGGUGGCAAAAACCUUUCAUCCCAGCUAUGAGGGGAAGCACGAAUAAGUAUGUGGAUUGCAAUCCUGAUGGCCAGGGCAUAAAGUGAAACCCUGUCUCAAAAAUAAUCAACACAUAUAGCUAUCCUUAUGUCAACUAGCAAAAACAUUUUGUCUUUCUUAUUAUUGCUUA